CCAUCGAUUUGAAACUUUUGAAACGGUGUGCCUUUGGGAGGGAAAACAAAAUAAAACUUCUCUUCUGCACUCUUGCGCCUUCAAAGGGUUUUCAAUUUCAUUUACCAUUUGCCAGUCCACCUUAUGCGUGGCUAAACUCAGGUCUGGAAUCAAUCCAGUGGCGAUGCCGAAGGAAAAUGGUUAUGUGCCGAGUAAAGUCAUCACGGCGGAGCAGAGAGCUCGAAUUUCACAUAACUUCAGAGCUGCAAAGGCACUCCUUUCUCGCAAACGGUGCCGUGACUCCACUCCUUUUCCCCCUCAAUUGCCUAUCAAGGAUGCAGAGGGAAUCGAAUCAGCAGCUCAGGUUACUAGUAUCAAGAGAGUUCCUCUUGCCGAGAUGCCUAUAAACACGCCUUCUCCUUUUCGUGCAAAUAGCAAUGAAUCAACAGAUGGUGAAUUGUUUAGAAGUGUUUUGUCUAUUGAAAAAUCUGAUCCUAGGACUAAAUUAAUCAGUGAUAUUUCUAGUUCAAGGACAGUUGCUGCUUCCUUAGGUGAUGAAUAUUGUUUAGAUUCUUUUAAAACCCCAAUAAAGCAUCCAAAAUGCGUAGGUUCAAGUGAUUAUUUAUGGACUCCUACUCUUCUAGAUGAUGAUUUUGAUGAAUCCAUUUUGAAAGAGAUUGAUGCUAUAUGUCAGCAGAAUUCUUCUGCAAAAGAAGAAACCCAAAGCUCAAAUAGCAGUCUUCCUGUGGAAAGUAAAUACAAUGAGGAAAAUAGUGGUGAUUUUGCUAGUUCAGAAUCAAUUACUGAAAAUGAGGAGAUAAGAUCACAACGUGCUGUGGAAUUUGGUUUUGAUUUAGAAUUUACAACUGAAGAUAAAGAUUCCCAGAUAAUUCAGCAUGGCAAUAUGCCUGAAGAAUACUCAAAGUACUUGCGGUCUUUGAAUGAUAGGCAACAAGAAGCAGCUCGUAGUGAUAUUUCCGUCCCUUUGAUGAUUGUUGCUGGUCCAGGAAGUGGAAAGACUUCCACAAUGGUUGGGCGUGUUCUGAUGCUGCUCAGUGAGGGCAUUAGUCCAACAAACAUUCUAGCAAUGACUUUCACCACUGCUGCAGCUUCUGAGAUGAGAGAUCGGAUUGGAGCAGUGGCUGGGAAGGCAAUAGCUAAAGAGCUCACAAUCAGCACAUUCCAUUCAUUUUCUCUGCAACUUUGCCGUUCACAUGCAGAGAAGUUAGGGCGCACAGCAGAAUUCUUAAUAUAUGGGCAUGGGCACCAGAGAAGAGCAAUCAUUGAGGCUGUGCGCCUAUUAGAAAAGGAAAAGACUGGUGUACAAAAUCAUGAUGCCUGCAAACUUGCUGAAGUUUCUAAUGGUAUAACGUCUCCAGAGUAUUUCAAGGAUAAGUCGAAAAAAUGGCAAAAGUUUGUGACUCAGGCUAAAGCUUCGGGAAAGACACCUGCAGAUUGCCAUAAAAUGGGCGACAGUAUGGGAGCUUCAAUACUGGGGAACUACAACAACAUAUUGGAAUCUUGUAAUGCGCUGGAUUACCAUGACUUGGUCAUCUGCUCUGUGAAGUUGCUCACUGAUUACCCUGAUGUAUUCAAGGAGUGCCAGAAUUCAUGGAAAGCCAUCGUGAUAGAUGAGUUUCAGGACACAAGUGCAAUGCAAUACAAUCUUUUACGACUUCUUGCAUCCCAUAAUCAUUUAACUAUUGUUGGUGAUGAUGAUCAGUCAAUAUUCAGUUUCAACGGAGCUGAUAUGUCAGGGUUUGAUUCAUUUCGUCUAGAUUUUCCAAAUUAUAAAGAGAUUAGACUCAACCAAAACUAUCGAUCCACGCGCUUUAUUGUUGAGGCGGCGUCUUCUCUUAUUCAAAAUAAUAUGAAGCGAUGCGGUUUCAAGGAUGUUGUUACUGAUAAUUCUUCUGGAUCUAAGAUAACCAUCAAGGAAUGUCAGAAUGACCAUGCACAAUGUUCAUUUGUUGUUGAUAAGAUCUUGGAAAUGUCAUCCAAUGGACCUCCUGCUAAACCGUCUUAUGGCAGCAUUGCCAUACUAUACCGGAGGCAGGUGUCAGGAAAAGUCUUCCAGGUAGCAUUUCGUGACAGAAAAAUACCCUUUAAUGUUCAUGGUGUCGCCUUCUACAGGAAAAAGGUAGUUAAGGCCAUUAUUGCCAUGCUUAAGACAACAUUGCCAGGCUGUGAUGAUGGCCCUUAUCGUCAAGUUUUCAAGGCUAUGCUUCCAUUUGAGAAGGAUGAAAGAAAGAGGGUUAUUGACCAUAUUGACAAAAUCUCGACUGUUAGAAAAUGCGGCUUCAUAUCUGCUGCAAAUGACAUUUUUAGUGCAAAGAUUUCUGGUACCUUCAAGAGGAGUCAAAUCAACCAAGGACGCAAAGUGUUGAUGACACUAGAAAUGAUAUCAAAACUUGUCCGCAAGGAACAGUCACUUUCAGCAGUCAUAACUUCAGUGGCAAAUAUAGUACCUCAGAAAUACCUUCUUGAUCAGCGAGCCAUAGUUGAUGUUGAUGGAGGGAAACUGUUGAAUGAGGACAAUGACCUCAGAUCUGUGCUUCAGUACUUAUUGGAUGACGUGUCUGAUUUUUUAUCAAUGCAAUAUGCUGUAAAAGAAGAGGUUGGAGAAAAAGAAGAGAAAGGUUGUCUUCAUUUACUGAAAACUUUUACUGACUACGUAGCAGAGCGUGAAAAAGAAAAUUUUCAUUCUCGGAGACAUGAUAAUGAAAACUCUGUUACCUUAACUACCAUUCAUCAGUCUAAAGGUUUAGAGUGGGAUAUUGUUUUCAUUGUAAAGGCAAAUGAAUCUGAGAUUCCUUUGUUGCAUGAGUUCAAUGGCACUACAAGGGAAAAUGGGACCUCAAUUGAAGAGGAAAGACGUCUAUUAUACGUGGCAAUGACUCGUGCUCGAAAAAAACUAUUCAUUUUGUAUGUCAUGAUGGAUUCAAAUUGGCAGAUGCUUCAACCAUCACGGUUUCUCAAGGAGAUUCCAGAUUACCUUCGGGACAUUCAGGCCGAAGUAUGUGUACAAGAUUUGCAAACAAAACCUCAAGAUAUUCCAAAAGGAUCUGUCUACUUUACCACUAAUUUACCAAGAGAAAAGCAACCUUCUGACGUGGAUAUGGAGCCUAAUGAGUUCCUGAACAUUGGAAUCAAUAGUGCCUCAGAUGAAUCAACUGGGCCAGUAGAUACUUGCAUUGGAAAUAUUUUCUUAAAAAGAUUUACUGUGGAGGACAGAUCAGUUGUUUCCCACUUAUUCCAUCAUUGGGCUAAGAAGAGAGCAUUCCAAAACCCUAAGAGGCUACUUGACAAGGUUGGCUUUGUUGUUGAUGAACGACUAAGAAACAAGAAAAACAAGCACAAGGAUGUUUUGCGUUCAUUAAAGGCAUGCUUGAGCUGUGAUGAAGCAUUUCAAUACGCAGAACAUAUACUGAGAUGGGAGCAAAUUCCUGCUGAUGAACGUGCCCAUUUGAUGCGAGAAAAACAGGAGCAUUUCCAGAAACUAAGGAUCGAAAAUUCAAUGGGCAAUUCUGCGCCAACGUCCAAACAGUUAAACUACUUGAGAAUGAAAAUCUUGUACGAUGGCAGAUUGGGUAUCUACAAAAUUUGGGAUGCACUGUGGUUCCCACGUCGCGUCUUCAUGCCUCUCGUUUGAUCGAGCAAUAUAAAUCGUUGUGACUAAAGGUUCUGAUCUGAAGAUUGUAAACAAACGGUGACAUGAUCAUUUAAUAUAAUUUAAGUUACAUUAGACAUCCAGUAAAUUAUAACAAUGUCUUUUUUGAA